CACACAACAGGCGGCACUCAGGUGAUGAUGAUGACGCCAUUUGCCAGCCCAAGCCAGGCCAGCCGUCCGCACCUUCAACACAUAUUCCUCCCUACGCGCUUAUAAUAUUUGCUUAUUCUAAAUAUAUACAACCACUCAACCUACACUCCAAAACCAACCCUUCUUUCUCUUCCCCCCAAUUAAUUCAAUUCACCCUUUCUUUGCUCUUGUGUUUUAGGAGGCUAGGCAAAUGGGAGGUGUCGUGGGAAAGUCUGAAUCACCUGAAACAAAACUAGAAGCUAAAAUGGUUGAAGCUAUGCAGCACAGGGCUUCUAAAGGAACUACAAUCAAGUCUUUCAACAGCAUCAUCUUAAAAUUCCCUAAAAUUGAUCACACCUUAAGGAAGUGCAAAGCUAUUUUUGAGCAGUUUGAUGAGGACUCAAAUGGUGCCAUUGAUCAUGAAGAGUUGAAAAAAUGUUUGCACAAGCUUCAAGUUUGUUUCACAGAGGAGGAAAUAGAGGAUUUGUUUAAGGCAUGUGAUAUGAAUGAGGAUAUGGGAAUCAAAUUCAAUGAGUUCAUAGUCCUUCUUUGCCUUGUCUAUCUUCUCAAGGACAAUGCUACUGAAUUCGAAGCCAAAUCGAGAAUGGGGGUACCAAACUUGGAGGCCACGUUUGAAACAUUGGUGGAUGCAUUUGUGUUGUUGGAUAAGAACAAGGAUGGUUAUGUUAGCAAGAAUGAGAUGGUUCAAGCUAUCAAUGAAUCUGGGGAGCGUUCCUCUGGACCAAUAGCCACCAAAAGAUUUGAAGAGAUGGACUGGGAUAAAAAUGGAUCCGUGAGUUUCAAGGAAUUUCUCUUUGCAUUUACAACUUGGGUUGGAAUUGAGGAGGUCGGAGACGACGAUGAACACCACUAAAAACGACAACAGCAAGCAAAAGCCACUCUCAGUCAAAUUUUAUCACAAUACUAGUUUCAAGUCCAAUCCAGUGUUUGUUCCUUUCUUUUUGAUACUUAUAUAUAUAUUUCCCUCACCUUUUCAACAAUAAUAAUAACAUAGAUUUUGAACCAAUCUUCCAUUUAUUCUAAAUGGGUUUAAUGAUAUUAAUAUUUGAUUCAAAAUGAUCCAACAUUUUAUUUAUUUCUAAUAUUUUAUCAAACCAAAGCCCCAUUAAGCCGUAAUUCAUUCAUUAAAUUUUCAUUAACAAAUGCAAUUACUUUUUCUAUUAAUAAUACAAAAUAAAAAAAAAUACAAGCCCAAUACAAUUUUAACUUCCUUGCAUAUACCAUACUAUACUAUUACUAGCGCUAUACGACCUAAUAACACAGCCAACAGUUUUUAGCAGAACUGCAAAACUCCACACUCAUCCAUUCCUCAUUCUGUAGUAAUUUAACCUCCCCAUUUCCCAAACAUUAACUUAAACACACUUCAUAACCCAACUCAACUCAACUGCCACACAAAAUGUUCAAGUGCCCCGACCGCAGUUGGGGGCAUUCACCUCACCUGCACUGUCUGUGGCUUAUGGCAUGACACUAACACACAGGCCUCCCAUAUCCUUUACCCCCUUGUCUUUGCUCGCUUCAUUCCAAGGCUGUUGUUCUGAAAGGGAGAUAC